AUGAAAAAUGGGGUGGCGUUUAAAACAUCCUACUUCUCUUAUUUAAAUGAUACAACUACUGAAAAAAAAGAAGCAUCUCCGAAUACAGAUCAAAAAGAAGAGAAAAAAGAAGCUGAUAAGAAAGAUAAAAUUCCAACCAAAAAAGAAUUGCCGUUCGGAGUAAUGCCAUUACUUGGUUCUUCAAUUCAAAAUGGUAAAGUCAUUGGUGUUGUUCAUGCUGUGUCGGUGGGAGUUUCUAAACAUCCAGUAUCAGACGAAGAGUUUGCUCCUGGAGCCACUAAAGAACUUAGAACGUGUGCUUUUAUAGCUAAGGCUUGUGCUGAACGGAUCUGCGAACUUCGUGGAAUUCCAUUUACUCAGGAUGACAGAGAACGCUAUUUUUAUGAAUUCGACCCCGUACGUUUAAAUUUAUUUUUCUAG